AUGUCUGAAGACUGUCUGUAUAUGAACAUUUGGACACCUUCUUUCAAGCAUCGAGGCCGCAGGGGAUUUCACAGAGCACCAGUGAUGAUGUACAUUCAUGGAGGAAGUUAUGAUACAGGAGCUAGUUCGAUUGCUGCCUACGAUGGGACGAAUUUAGUAAAGAAUCACAAUGCCAUUGUUGUUACCUUCAAUUAUCGUCUCAAUAUCUUUGGAUUUCCUAAUGCACCGAGCAUCGACCCUUCCAAGCAAAACCUCGGGCUCCUGGACCAGCGAUUGGCGAUUGAGUGGGUUCAUCGGAAUAUAGCCAGAUUCGGUGGUGAUCCCAAUAGAAUUCUUCUGUUUGGUCAAUCUGCUGGCGCAGCUUCAGUUGAUAUCCAUGCAUAUGCACAUCCAGACAAUCCUCUCGUCAGCGCACUUGCUCUCCACUCUGGUACCGCUCCAUUAUUGACUACAACCCCUGAUCAUAAAAAUUGGGAUGAACUGUCUACUGCUCUUGGGUGCGGCACAGGAGCCCAGUCUUUCCAGUGCAUGAGUCAAGUGCCAGCUAUGAAGAUUGUUGAAACAAGGGCCAAUGGGAGCUAUGCCUUUUUCCCUAUUGUAGAUAAUCUUCUUGUCUUUUCCGACUAUGCCGCUCGAGCUAAAAGCGGGAAACUAGCACCAUUGCCCACGUUGGGAGGGAUUAAUGAGCGUGAAGCUACGGCUUUUUUACCGUUAAGUUCAACUUCAGUUGAUGAGAAUCUAGUCCACGAGGCCACUGAAAGAUUUUAUGACUGUCCCCUCCGGGAAUCUGUGAAAAUUCGAUUGAGUCAGCAUAUGCCCACUUGGAGGUAUCUAUACCAUGGGAAUUUUAGCAAUCUCAGCCCAACUCCAUGGCUUGGAGCAUACCACGGGGCUGAGAUACCUCUUGUUUUUGGAAACUAUAAUCUGUCUACGGCGAUCCCGUCCGCCAAGGAAGUUGAAGCCAGCCGAUAUAUGCAAGGUAAUCCCUUCCCAAAUGAAUGGCAGGAAUUGCGUAGAUUGAUCAAUUUCCUAGGAGCCUGGGUUGCAUUUGCCAGUAACCCUUGUACGGGAUUGAGGACAUAUGGAUGGCCAUGUUCAGCUUCGAUGGUAGAUCUCUCUCUCUCUCUCUCUCUCUCUCUCUCUCUCUCUCUCUCUCUCUCUCUCUCAUUAUUUAUUUCCGAUGCUGAUCAUAAGGGAUAG